AUGGCCCGGGAGCUGUCACUACUCGAGGGAGGUGCCGUCUGCUUCCCAGCCGGGUAUCAAUCGCGUUCUCCAAGAAGGCCAGAGGCACAUGCGACCCUCGAAACUCGACUGCGGCACCUGGAGCUCACAGUACAACGUUUAACUAACUCUGUCGACCACGCUUUGCAAGUUAUUCUUUCGGCACCUCCGAGAUCGACUAACGAUCAAAGGCCAACUGAACCAAGUCACUCAGUGGCAGCUGCAACAAACGAUUCUAAUUCCGACCUAUACAUAGGGCCCUCACAUUCCUUUACUUUCUUACGAGAGACACCAGCUAACAUCGAUGCGAUCCCUCGACCAUCAUGUGAUGAGACUCGUCAGAGCGCCCACUCAGAGCUUCAAUAUCUCUCUAAUAGCCUGGGCUCAGCACAAGUAGAUCAAGGUGUCACGGAAGACCCUCUGCACUUUUACAUUCCCUCGCGGCCGGUGGGAUACCACUUGAUAAGCAAAUUUUGGGAGAUUGCUGAGGUCGGCGAACCAUUCUUUUCUGCUCCAACUGAGGAGAUGGUCCGGCAGAUCGUUUUCGAGCCGCACAACGUUCGGGAAAAGGCAUGGGUUGUCUACUUCAACUACGUAUUACUGUCCGAUAUAUCAGCUCGGGAUGACGAUAGUGACGAGACAAGAAAGCUGCGGCGUAAUGUACAGCUGGCGCUUAAUGACAGUCGUAUUUUCCUUGAACCACGUGAAGCUAAUGUACAGGCGCUGACUAUCUUGGCCGCACAUGGUGAGGACUAUGCUGCGCCCAACCUGUCGUGGAUGCUACUGGGACACGCCUGCCGGCAGGCCGAGGCUCUAGGAUUGCACGCAUUGGGUCACCGUUCUGCUGAGUGGAGACAAAAGCAACUUUGCCUUUUUUGGCUUCUUUUUGUCAUGGAUAAAUCGUGUUCUCUUGCAUUUGGUCGCCCUGCGUUUCUUCCGACAGCCGUGUAUCAGGAUGUACCGUUGCCAGAUGACAAUAUUCUGCUCAGGUUCCACGUUCGUGAUAGCGAGGAAAAUGCACAAAAGGCUUCCAUGUUCGGUGCCCAGCUUCUCAAGAGCUCGAUGGAACUUUCGAAAUUAAUAGGACUUGUCUUGGACGUCCUAGCGACAGAUGUUUCUUCACCUGCAAAGAGGGAGAUUCGGUGUAAACUGGAUGAAUGGUAUCAACACACAAACCAGGUUCUUACAGAAACUAUGAACGCUGAACGUGUCUCAGCAAAUGCAAAUCACCGCAAGGAGAUGGCUUUGGGGAUUAACAGCAUCAAGUUUCACUACCUGCACAUUCUUGUCAUCCUGCUAAAGGGGAAUGAAUCAGACUCGACUCUGCGACUGUCAUCUGCCCGGGAUGCUAUCUCUCUCUUGAGUUCCAUAGUGUCAAAUUGGAGUUCGAUAUACAAUGGAGUGGUUUGGCAGCUCCUGUAUUAUCCUUUCACACCUUUCUUUGUAAUAUUUGAAAAUAUCGUUCAUCACACUUGCUGGACACCGGCAGUUGAACAGGACCUGCAGCUGCUAUCUACGACUGUAACCUAUUACGCGGAAAUGCGAUCCCAGAUGCGUCUACUGGCGACUAUUUGCGCCAGAUUACAGCGCGUCGCCGCCGUUUUCCUUCAGCUGGCACAAACUCACGUCCGCCAGAACGCGUCCGCCCCAACAGCGGACUACAUGGCAACAUCCACAGAAGGCCACAGCAUAUCACCAUCAGGGGAAUGCAAUAUGUCUGGCUACAGUGACCGAACAAUGAACGAGUUUGCCUCCAGGCACGCUGAGGGUAGCGAGACUCAGCCAAAAGUCGACAUGAGGGAGCCGGACAUCGCUAGUUACCUGGAAUGGCUUCCUGCUGAUCUGACUCUCACAUGGCCUAUGGCUGAUUUUGGUCGUCAGAACCUGGCCAGUCUUCACUCUGGUGUCAGUGACAGAGACACUUCCCGUAAUCCGCCCCGGAAGGCAUUUGACAGUAUGUUUGAUUGGUUCUCGUGGGACACCUAUUACGCAGGCGUGGAGGAGUGA